AGAUUUCCACAUGAACCAAAUGAUCCAUGGGAUUCUGGCCAAAACAUCGUCCGGCAUGUCCUGUUUUUUUAUUCUGUUCAGAAGGUAAUCGAAGUUACUAUAGAUAGAGGGGCUCGGGAACUCCCCUUGGAGUGAGAGAUGUAGCGCGAGAGCCCAAGUUUGAGUGGCCGGCGGGCACUCAAAAAGCAUGUUUACAGAUUUAGUCACUAUUUUCAAAAGUAUCAUUAAGAUGAUUUGAUCUUUGUAUACAUACUUUCCAAACCAGGCCCCACUGCGUUUACCAAUGCAUUUGUUGAAUAUGCGUAUAUAUAGAAAUUUACAAAAACUGUUUCAUCACAUAUAAUAAUACGACUAAUUCUUGGAUUCAUCUUUUAGAGAAGAAAAAUAAUUUGCACACAAGAGUUGAAGUAUCGAAGUCACUCAUCAAGAAUCAUGAGAUCUGCUUCUAUUUGUUUUUUCGUUUCUUGUGUUCUCAUGUCCUUUAUUCUGAACAAUGUCAUAGAUGGGGAAGCUGGAUUUACUACAAUGGGUAACCUAUGUAGCCAGAAAGAUAUAUUUGUCGGUAGAUGUGGCCCUAACGGAGACGAGACGUGCACAAAUGAGUUUGUUAAGAACGGAGGCGACAGGCCUUAUAGUUGCGAGUGUAAUAACUUCGGCAAAGAACAUUUAUGCCGAUGUGAUUUUCCUUGCUAGCUUUUGUUAUAGACAAACAGAAUUUCAAUAAAUAUUGUGGUGUGUAUCUUAAAGCAUUUUGGACAUUAAAGAAAAUGUAACGAAGAAAAUAAA